AUGCUUAUCAAAGUCCGUACCCUUACCGGCAAGGAGAUUGAGCUGGACAUCGAGCCCGAAUACAAGGUUUCCCAGAUCAAGGAGAAGGUCGAGGAGAAAGAAGGUAUCCCGCCUGUCCAGCAGCGUCUGAUCUAUGGCGGAAAGCAAAUGGUCGAUGACAAAACAGCAAGCGAAUACCUGCUUGAAGGUGGUGCAACGUUGCACUUGGUUCUAGCACUCCGUGGAGGUCAAUAA